AUGAACCCUCUCAUCUUCACCAACGCUUUUGCAUCGGUCCAUAUCGGUGUCCAAGAAUGUUUUUGCGGCAAACCGACGGUCGAAGAUCACGAUUUUUGCUUUUGCUCUCCUGGCUGUGCUCGCGCCGAUUCAUUGCGCACUCUAGGUGGUCAAGGUGACUACCAUUAUCGCAACGUUAUGCAGAGGGCAUGUGCCAGCCCGGCUGUUCCACAACAUGCGCUCUCGAGGCACAAGUCGGAGCACCAGCUUCGCAGUGUUUCUAUCUCGAAGCGCGCUUCUGCGUUGCAGCAGUCUUCACGUUCCCCCAAGCCAGUGAAGACCCUCCCAACAUUGGAAGAAGGCACGACCACUAUUGUUCCCCAGCAGCCCUUCGAACCACGAAAUGAAUCCGUUGACACACAACAAUCUGAUCCGCCUCAACGGACCCUCAAGCGCUCCUUGCCCUCUAAACCGGGGCUUAACAAGGGCAUUCGUAAUUCAAUCUUCGCAAUGUUCCGUAAAAAGAUUCAACAGACUGUCCCGCCGAGCACGAAAAUUCGAAGAGAGUCGUCGGUUACUGGAGCUAUAUUACAAGAAAUGGAAGAAGAAGAAGCCGAGGAAGAAGCUGCUUGGGGAAGACUUCAGGAUCGCAUGGAGGACAGCUCAAGGCCCCCUACCUUGGUUCACCAUCAAGCCAGACAGACUACAGACACCCGACGAUCACGCGUCAUUCGUCGCUCGGCUUCGUUCGCCGGCUGGAACGGUGAUAGGGGAUCUGUGAUGGAGGUAGUUUCUCAACUUCGUCAAGCGUGGAACGAGAUGACAGACAUCAUGCCGGACUUUGACGAGGGCUCGGACGAGGAGUAUUAG